UGUACAACAGCCCUGUUGAUGAUACACCUGUUGACUUGUUUGUGAAGUGUAGUUAUAUCCGGAAAGUCUAUCUCGACCACACCUUUUGGUGGAAAAGGCAGCCAUUUUAGCAGUUCAGUCGACUUACCGUACAAAUUUGUGGGUCAACUGUCUAUAGUUGAUGUGAAAUCACUGCCUUUUUCAAGAAAAAGAAGAAACCCCAAAGUUUGUUCAAAUCGUUUGAGCGUGUUCUUCUCACAGCUGACUUCUGUUCCUUUGCUUCCGGUUGUGAUUUUUCAAGUAAUCCGUGUUAUCCGUUACUCUUGACUGGAUACUUGCUCCCUUUCUUUUUUUUAGAAAGUUUUUUAAACUAACUGAACUCAAGAUGAGUACGGAUAAUGUUGCCUUUACUCCCGAUGAAGAAGCUGGCUCCAGUGGCAAUGCAAAUGGGAAACCAAAGAGUGAUGAAUACAACGACAUCGAGCUGAAGGAACACCUACCGGCGAGCACGCCAAGAAAGCCGGGCUUCAACGUCGACGACACCCUCAACAACACCGGUCAGUCCAUCGACAUCCCAGAGGAAGGGAAGGCCGACAGUGCCGGACAAUGCUGGACGCACCUGGAUGGCAUCUUGGAUGUUGUCAAGGAGUUCUACGUCAACCACAAGAAAUACAUCCACUACGCGUUUGGUGUCGUGGCUCUCAUCCUAUGGCUCAUCUAUCUCGUCUUCGCCUGCAUCUACGACGUAGAUGGCGCCACCACGCUUCUCGUCAUCACUGGGAUCGGGUUCGUCCUCUUCCUCUACAACGUGCUCAGCGAUUUGUUCGGCGAGCAGUUAUACGCCGCUGCCGUCAAACCCGUUGAAACUGUCUCCAACAAGUACUGGCGCUACUUUAAAUGGCCUUUCUUCCUGAUUCUCAUUGCUGGCCUUGCCGUGAUCCUAUACUUCCUGACCCGGGACAACCCCAACCAGCUCAUCUCCUUCUCCGGCCUCGUCUGUUUCAUCUUCUUCUCGUUCAUCUGCUCCAAGCAUCCUCGACAUGUCAAGUGGCGUCCGGUGAUCUGGGGUCUGGCCCUCCAAUUCCUGCUCGGACUCUUCAUCCUCCGGACCCAGAUCGGUUUCACCAUCUUCAACUGGAUGGGCAACGUUGUCCAGACGUUCCUCGGGUACUCCACCGCAGGCUCCGUCUUCCUCUUCGGGGACCUGUAUUAUCAGCAUUACUUUGCCUUUGCGGUCCUACCAAUCGUGAUCUACUUCAGUAGUGCCAUCUCCAUCCUGUAUUACCUUGGUGUCAUGCAAGUCGUUAUCAAGAAGAUCGCCUGGAUCAUGCAGCGUACCAUGAAGACGUCGGCUUCUGAGUCCCUCAACGCCGCCGGCAACAUCUUCAUCGGCCAGACUGAGGCUCCUCUACUAAUCCGUCCAUACCUCCCACAAAUGACACGCUCUGAGAUCCAUGCCGUCAUGACUGGAGGAUUCGCAACCAUCGCCGGAAGCGUCCUCGGUGCUUUUGUCGCCAACGGCAUCAGCGCAACACAUUUGAUCUCCGCUUCCGUCAUGUCAGCCCCAGCUGCCCUCGCCGUUUCAAAGCUCAUGUAUCCAGAGACGGAAGUGUCAAAAACAGUUACAGAAGAAGAUGUGAAACUGCCUAAAGGAGAGGAGAGGAAUAUCAUCGAGGCUGCCUCGAAGGGUGCCUCCCAGGCAGUUCCUCUAGUCCUGAACAUCGCUGCCAACCUGGUGACCUUCUUGGCUCUCCUGGCCUUCCUUGAUGGAGUACUGGGUUACCUAGGAGGAAGAGUUGGCUUUGCUGAACUCUCUUUCCAGCUCAUCUGUGGUUACGUCUUCAGACCCAUCGCCUUCAUCAUGGGCGUCCCUUGGGAAGAAUCUCAGAGGGUCGCCGAGCUGAUCGGUCUAAAGACCUUCAUCAACGAGUUUGUUGCCUACGAUGAACUUGCCAAAAUCCUGAAGAUGAGGAAUGAGGGAGCAGUGAUAUUUACGGAGCGAUCUGAAGUCAUUGCGACGUACGCCCUCUGUGGUUUCGCCAACAUUGGAUCCAUCGGCAUCCAGCUCGGUGGACUGACUCCCAUGGCACCCUCCAAGGCCAAGGAUCUAGCUGCCGUGGCCGUCCGUGCCCUUAUCGCGGGAACUAUAGCCUGUUUUAUGACUGCUUGUAUAGCAGGAAUCUUAUUCGUUCCUACGGGAUCAGAUAUGAUGGUGACGGCCGCAACCAACGCCACGAUGAACAGCACCAUUGCAACAACGAUAGAAGUAACGACGGAAGCCUUGACGACGUUAUGAUAAGGAAUAAACUUCUUUCGUCGGUGACCCUGUAAAUUUACCUUUCCCCCGAAGAGCGUAAUGAUUUUUAUAUUGAGUUGAGUGUGUGAGGGCGUGCGUGGGAGUGGUCCUGUCUUUUUCCUGAAAAACGGGACGAGAUAUCGUUUAUUUUUUUUCCAAAGCUUGCGUUUGAGUAAUUACCGCCUUUUAAAGCAAUAGUAGGAGUGAUUGGAAAAGCAUCAUUUUGCAAUUUAUUCAUUGAGAAGGACUACUAAAGAUAUCGCUGAAAUUCAGAUUUGCCAUAUCUGUCCUAUUUUUUAUCUUGAUCCCUCAAAUAUGAAAUAUUGUUUUAAUGGUUGCUUCUAUUUGCUAAUUAUAAUUCCCCGCUUUGUUGGUGAUACUUAAUUUUGUUUCAUUGAGAUACUACAACAGGAAUUUAUUCAUUUACCCAUCAAUGAACAAAGAAAAACAUAUAUUAUUGGCAGGGUUUAAUCCUUAAAUCUUUUCUCCUCUAAAUUGGCAACACAGACACUUCUAUAAAGAUGGGUAUUUUUUAAAAUUAGAAAUACAUGAAAUCUGAGUAAUAUCAUAUUUGAAAUUAACAUAUUGCCGAUUUUUCUAACACAACAAAAUAUAUGUGUUGCCAAUUUAGUCAUGCUUCAGACGGAAUGAUACACUUGUGAAAUCCUGCCAAUUGUUAAAUGUGAUAGUUCAAUAGAUCAUCAUUCAACAAACAACUUUAUUAUUUUUACAUCUCAGGUAAAACCAUUCGUUUAUUUUACAUUCAUAUAAAUUAAAAAUCCCAUCAAAUUUUCAUCAUACAAUUCCAAUCAUUUAAUUGUAAAGUAAAUGAAUUUUAUGAAGUGUUUAUAUUUAUUAAACUUUUUAUACAUAUCCUCGUAUUUAAAGAAUUGAGGCUCCCUGAAUGUAUAUAGCUAUUUUCCUCUGUAUUUAUUUUCCAGUAAAAAUCCCCUUAAGAUAUUUUAACUUGACUCAAUGAAAUGAAAUUGACUCCAUUUUAUGAACAGCAGAAAUGCUCUCUUAAGAAGUGUAUUUCCAUUACUGUCUUAUUUAUUCCUUAAUAGGAAAAGAGCUUGAUAUUUUCUAAAAAUUUCUUGUCAUUUGAUAAACAUCCUCAUUUCUGCUUUUCUACUCCAAACACUGGUGCAAUUCCGUAAACUAAUUAACCUUAUUGUACAUCCAAUCCCCAUUUUUCUCAAGUUUUACUUCACUUCAUAAACUGAGCAAGUCAUGGUCCUUUGAGAACAUUACAGACUGUCAUAAGAACAAGAAAUCAGAGACGAAAAAUUCAUGAAGGUCCCACAAAGAUGGGGUCCGACGUACAUAUUUUCUGGAAUUGCCCACUGUUUCUUGAUAUUUUGCUUGGAACACACAAGGUAGUUUUGUGUAGCUGUAAUAUUGCAAUGUUUUUAUAUACAUCAGCUUCUAUACUGGAUGCCAUACAUUACUAUUCUAUGUGAAUAACCAAUGCAAGCAGUACUUUUUGGAAUGGAAUGUGCCAGAAAAUAUUCAUAAAUUUGAUGUUUUCAUCACUCUUUCUUCGUGUGUGAUAAAUUCCAUGGUGGAUGUUACGACUUGAUGAUGUUAAAAG